AUGAAAAAUUCGUCAAAUUUGCACGAAGCAGCCGAAGCAAUUGUCGAGCGAAUUGAGACCGAACUCAGAAAAUAUAAGAAAAGCCAAUACUUGCGGUUUGCAACAAUUAUGGAUCCACGUUAUAAAAUGACGUUUCUUGACCAAGAAACAAAAGAGGAGUUCAUUGAAUACAUAUCUUUGAAAUAUAGCACACAUAAUUCUUUGAGCGAUGACUGCGCGAUACUUGAGAAGGAGCAACCACCGGCGAAAAAGCAGAAAUCGUCAUUUGAAGCUUUCAUCCAGGUACGAAUGGCUCUAUAG